AUGCGUAACCAAAUCCCUAAUCCAUACUCAUGUUCUUUAAACCAAAACUUAGAACUCCAAGCCACCACAAUUGCAAGCCCAGAAACACCACCAUUUGGUACUCACUUCGAAGAAGAUAAGAGAGGACAUAAUGGAGGAAACAACGACGGUGAAGCUCACCAUGCACAACCAGUAGGCAAAGGUCGUGAUGGUGCCCUUCAUCCUCGCACAUUGGUCAUCAAGGCACUUAAGAAACACAAGGGAGAUAGAAAAAAUACAAAGAACAAUAAGCAUAACGGGAACAUCUCCCACGAUAGAAUCUUUGAUAUUGCGAGGGUGAUGAGGUCGUGCUCCAUGGCGAAGGAUCUCAAUGACACCAUUAAGGAGAUCUUGGGGACUUGUGUAUCAAUUGUGUGCACACUGCCAACUUCUUGA